AUGGCAAGCCUUUUGAGUGGCUCUUCGACAUCCAUCGAUGCUCAGUUGCCUACAUCAACUACUUUCUUCAACACCAGUUCUACCACGAAUAAACCCUCAGGCAAUCACCUACCAUCUUCUUCCAGUAUAAUUUCCAGCGAAUCAACAAAAGGCUCUUCGGACGAUGUGGCUCUCGAUGUGCCUCCCAGUACUGCGCAAAGCGCAUCUACGCGAACCCCCAGUACUACAGCUUUGGAUUCAAUCGCGACAGAAACCGUUGGAAACUCACCAACUACUACUGUUCCGGAUGCAAGUUUGACAGCCGAUGGCGAGACUCCUACUAUCGCACUUCCUACGACAUCCAGCGACAGCAGUCCAAUUUCUCCCUCGACGCCACCGACCUCUGUUAUCUCAACACCUUCACCAAUACCUACACAACUCUCAUCUUCCGCAUUGGCACUCAACCCUCAGAUUGCCACAGUGACCCCAGUCUCGACCGGUGCGAUUCCCACGGCCACGCCAUCUAUCCAAACGCCUUCUUCUAUUACAACAUCACCGCAAUCUCAGAUUCAACCAACAGGCCCUCAGCCCUCUUCUCCUCGAGUUUCUCCGCCGUCUGGGACCGAAAUUGGAAAAGAGCCUCCGUCCCCUACGCCAUCAACAUCGUCAUCAACCACUCCCUCUCAAGCUCAACCGUCGGCAACCCAGCCCACCGAUGAGUCGGUCCAAGGACCGCAGGUUUUUAGUGCUGCAGAUAUCGGCCCUCCUCCGUCUCCGUCUCCAUCCUCUACUGUUUCAACGUCAUCUACAGAAUCAAUACAGGCAAAUGACACAUCUUCAACUCAAGAGCAAUCCCAAGUUGCCGCUAGCCAGCCAGCAAAUCCGGUCGUAUCUGCAUCGGCAAAGGCUGUGGUAUCAAAUGUGCCCCUUUCAGCCCCAGCUUCAACACCAAUUUCAGCACCCAGUUCCAAUUCAUCUCCUACACCAGACGCUGCAGCUGCUUCCGUGCCUACUCCUGCGACAGCCUCAGCUCCAACCCCUACAUCAGCUGUGCCGCUUAGCGACUCUAUACUGAGUGAAAUACCUUCCAACACAGUCACAGAUCUUACCCCGAGUUCUACAGGGAGUGUUGCAGCUUCUGUUACAGGCAUUAACACAUUUCCUGGCGACUUCCGAGAAAGUGGCCUGCCAGGAGGAAGUCAAGCUACUGGGCAGCCGAUAGCAGACCCUGUUAGCUCCAGUUCGAGUUCCCGCCCAUCGACCGGCACCAUUGUCGGUGGGACCAUAGGCGGAAUCGCCGCCGCAGCAGUUAUUGUGAUCUUGCUAUGGUUCUGGAGGAGAAGAGUCGCAAGAGAUGGACGGGGAUCCAGCAAAGCGUACACCGAAAAAGACCCUUCCACAUCCAUGGCACAAAGAUUAGGGAUCUCGACCACACUGGGCGCUGUCAAGCAGAACAUUGGUGAGAGGUUUGCACCCCGCAACGUCAACAUGAACAGAGGAAACUCUCAGUUCCUUGAAGCAAACACGGUCCAGCUCAGAAGUGUUGCGCCGAUACGAAACAAGGGAGCGCCAAGUCCCGUCGCAGCAGCUGGGGGAAACCCAAAACCCAAGGGGCAUAAGCUAGGACCUGGUCUAAGCUUUGAUUUUGGCAGGCGGUUUAACCCCUUCUCGGAUGCCAAUGCUUUGAUGUCGGGCACGGUGCUACCGCCUUCCAGCUCAGUGUUGGCAAAUCCGUUCAGUGAUGAUAACAUGGUCUUGCCUCCCCCUGUUUCAGCCCCGCAUCGCCGAUCAAGAGGCCGAUCAUUGGGCGGAAUUCGAAGCUUUCACGCCCCUACGGUUCCUGCCCGGCCGCAUUCUGUUCACAGAGAGUCUCUGCAAAGCAACGGCUCUUUCAACCAGCGUCGUGACAAAUUCCGGUCUGAUCCGUUCGACUUGGAGAUUGAGAGCCGCCUUGCUCCGCCAAAUGGAACUCCCAGUAGGAGUAGUUCUGUGUAUAGCAGCCAGAUCCAACAGAACCCUCACGACAGCUAUACGUCCAAAUAUGCGAGCGGUUCCAGCCUCGGUGAUUGGAUUGCCGGCGGAGACGUUGGUCCCGGUGGUCCAACAGGUAGGCGAGAUAGCCCUACGAUUUCAUGA